CAGCGCAACAACACUAACAACCACUACUCCAGCUGGUUUCGUCAUGAGCGGAUGUCCCUACUUUGAGAAGAGGCAUUUGUUGUUCAAAAACAGACCUCCCAAAAGUGAAGAAGAGGAUGAUGAGGCGCAGGCAGGAGACAACAAGGCCAGCAAGGGAGGGAUCAUCUAUGGAGAAUAUCUGCAGCUGGACAAAGUUCUGAGUGCACAGGUCCUCCAGAGUGAACUGAAGGCAAACAAAAUCCACGACGAGCACCUCUUCAUCGUUACUCACCAAGCCUAUGAACUGUGGUUUAAACAGAUCCUCUACGAGCUGGACUCAGUGAGGGACAUCUUCAUCAGUGGACAUGUCCGCGAUGAGCGUAACAUGCUAAAAGUGAACACUCGGAUUCACCGCAUCGUGAUGAUCCUCAGACUGCUGGUGGACCAGUUUGCAGUACUCGAGACUAUGACGGCUCUGGACUUCUUUGACUUCAGGGAAUACUUGUCUCCUGCCUCGGGCUUCCAGAGUCUGCAGUUCCGUGUGCUGGAGAACCGAAUCGGCGUUCCGGAUAACCUGAGGGUGCCAUACAACAGACGCCAUUACAGAGACAACUUUAAAGGGCACGACAGUGAGCUGCUGCAGGCGACCGAGCGGGAGCCCUCUCUGCUCAAACUGGUGGAGGAAUGGCUGGAGAGGACGCCGGGCUUGGAGGUGGAAGGAUUCAACUUUUGGGAGAGACUGGAAAUCAAUAUCUUUGAAGGUUUGAAGGGCGAGAAGGAAAAGAUCGAGAAAAUGGCAGAUGGCGAGGAGAAGGUGGAGAUGAUGGAGGAACUGGUCAAACAAAAGGAGCUUUUCACUUUGCUGUUUGAUGAGAAGCGCCACGAUCACUUAGUCAGCAAAGGUGAGAGGCGGCUGUCCUACAAGGCUCUCCAAGGCGCGUUGAUGAUCUACUUCUACAGAGAGGAGCCGCGCUUCCAGGUCCCAUUCCAGCUGCUCACCUUCCUCAUGGACAUUGACACGCUCAUGACCAAGUGGAGAUAUAACCACGUGUGCAUGGUCCAUCGGAUGAUCGGCAGUAAGGCUGGAACAGGCGGAUCCUCGGGUUAUCACUACCUCAGAUCCACUGUCAGUGACCGCUACAAAGUGUUUGUGGACCUGUUUAACCUGGCCACGUUCCUGGUGCCGCGUCACUGGGUUCCAAAGCUCAACCCAAACAUCCACACAUUCCUGUACACCGCCGAGUGCUGCGACAGCUCCUACUGCAGCAGUGAGGACUCCGACUGACUAGACUGCACCACCAUCAGACACCAGAUAAUCAGCGUUACCAUCUAACAAGACAACCAGGCCUACCAGACAACCAGACCCGCCAUAAAACCAGACCCGCCAUAUAACUAGGGUUGCUAUACAUACAACCAGGCCCACUAUACAUACAACCAAGCCCACGACACAUACAACCAGGCCUACUACACAUACAACCAGGCCCACCAUGGAUGACAAAUACAUUUUGCAAAGGUGAAAGUGAAUUUGUGAAUUUUACUGUAAUGUGGGCCUUGCCAUAGAUUCCAAAUGUUGAUAUUGGCAUUAGCAGAUAUCGUUCAUCAGCCACAACAGCAAUACAAUAAUUGAAUAUCGACACAAAUCAUUGAAACUUUCAGAUUUUUUUUUACCAUUCACAACAUUUCCGCCCAUGACAAAAUAUUCAUUACAUUUCCACUACGGUGCCAUUUCUAUUGUGGGAUGCUGGCGCUGACUGUUUUUGGGGCAUUGUUAGUCUGACAUGUAAACACCAAAAAUGACAUAGAAUUUUAGCAAGCUCGAGCCAAAAUAUAUUUUUCAUUUCAAAGUGACACUAAAAGCAUGCCACAAAUCCUGUAAUUAUUCCAGCAUAGAGAAGAAAAGGAUACGACUGGUUAAUCUGAAUUUGUGCUUUAGAGCCAAGAAAUACAAAUGUGACAGUUUUUUUGUAAUUUAAAACAAUAAGAUUUUAAGUGUUUACUUGACUGAACCUUAUUUUUAUAAUGCGGCAUGGAUUUUUCUCAGAUAUAAACUGU